CUCCCACGAGGCGCCAUGUCGCCGCCGUCGCGCGCCCCCUCACUCUCCCUCUCGCCGAGCAACGCCACGCCCGCCUCGCCGCUCACGUCGCUCGGCAACGUCUCGCUGCCGCCCUCCGCUGCGCCCGCGUCGGCCGCGGCGGCCGCGUCGCUCUUCAGCGCCAGCGGCAGCGGCUCGCAGGCCGACGCAGCAGGCGCGGCGGCGCCCACCGGCGGCUUGGCAGACACGCUGCGCAGACAGAUCUUCGGCGCCACGCUGCCGCUGCACAUCGAGCUGCAUGCGCCCGACGUCGGCCGCACCGCGGGGUGGAGCACGCGCGGCAGCGAGGGCGGCGUCGAGGAGUACUGGAUGCUCGCGCCGCGCAUCUCGUACCUGCCGCUGCUGCUGCCGACGCUGCAGGCGCAGCUCGUCGAGCCGGCAUGUGCGGCCCUCGCGCUGCCCGUGCCGCCGGCGUCGGACUACUACUUCAGCGACUCGCGCGGCGCACUCAAGUGGCAUCAUCCAUUAGGCCUGCAGCACGACCUGCGGCCCUCGCCCACGCUGCCGUGGCGCAUCACGCUGCACCUGCGCGGCGCCUCCGCCGAGCGGCUGGGCACCAGCGGCGAAGCCUCGGCGGCAAAGGCGGCGUUCAUGGGCGCGCUCAAGUCGUCGGACUUUGUGCGGCAUGGCAACACGCGCCGCGUGGGCAACUUGCGCAAGGAGGAGCAGGACCGGAUGUGGGAGGGCGUCUGUGCUCACGAGUGGGGCACGUAUCAGGCCGUCGCCUCCAAGCUGCUCCCUGCCGUGCCGCACGACUUCACCCUCGCAGCUGCCUCAAGCACAGCGUCAAGCAGUGCGACUGAGCGCGCCUCUGUCGCCGGCUCUAUCCACUCCGCUGCGCCCUCUGCAUCAGCCGCACCAGGCGGCGCAACAGCAGGCAGUCUCGGCGCCAAUGCGUGGGGCGCCAGCAGUACGAGUCUGUCGCCGAGCGUGGCGAGCACGGCGACGGGUGCCUCUCCCGCCGUCUCCUCGCCCGAAGCUGCGCCGCCAAGCAGUGGCAACGGCACGGCUGCGGCGCAGGGACAGCAGAAGGACCUGACGGCACGACGGACACCGUUGCGCAUCCAUCUGCCCGACGCGCCCGUGCUCAUGGAGGCAGCAAAGGCGUGGUCUGAAGACGGUCGCGCCCUGCCGCUCAGCCACGCCCUCAGCGCCACGUUUCCCCUGCUCUUCCCGCCCACGAGCACCUUUGCGCCCGAGCGCACUGCGGCAAGAGCGAGGCCACUGGCGAGGGUAUACGUGCACGGCGUGGAGAUGCCGAGCGAGACGCCGCUGCCGUGGCUGGGCGGCGCGGCGGCGGGCGCGGAUGGCUGGGUCAACAUAUGUGUGCGGCCCGAGGAGGAGUGAGCGCGAAGACGUAAUGUAUACCCCCCCCCCCUUUGCCCUCAUUUGCGAGAGCUGCCGCGCGUUUCGGAGAGUGGACGUGGCCGGUCAGGCUCGUCGACCUGGUCCAGCUUGCAGCACAGGGCUGACAGCCUGAAGAGAGGCGCAGUGCGCUUGGACAUGCACCUUGCCUGCCCGUUGUGGGUCCACAUCGCUUCAGGCAGAGGCAGCGAGACAAGCUGCCCCUGCAGCACCCAGCUGCCCGCGGCAUGCUCAGGGCCCCUUGACCUCUCCUGCCGGCUGGCUGGGCGCGCCCACCUCUUUGGCCAUCUGUGGGCCUCUGGGGCACCCCAGAGACGCUAGCACACGUCAUUCACUCAGACUCUCUCGGAGAAUGGCGUAUUAGAUUUGAGGCACAGGUGCAGCCUUCGCCUCGCCGGCGUGGCCGCUCGUGG